GGAACUAUUUUUGAAGAAUCCUUCCCACAUCCUGACGUCAUCUGGAUAUGAGUUUUUCUGCCCACUCCAGCGUCCAACAGACGCAUUCACCUAUCUCCUCCACACCAGGAAUUUGAGGUACAAACAGACCAUCGCAGCCCAUGGCCCAGCCCUCUCCCUGAGACUCCCCUCCUGACAUGAUGCCUGCCUUCAGUCCUUCUGCUCAUGUCCUCCAUCUGCUGCUCUGUGCUCUGCUGGCGGACCUGCCUUUGGCUUACAUCAGCCACGGCAACUUUAUCUACUACUCCUGGAGCCAGAACGCCCAGCCAUGUAGCACAUCUUCAAUGUCCGACUGCAGAUGCAAGAACUUCCCGCUCUCCACUGCACACUGGCCCCUGUCUCACUCCACUCCUGUUUUCCAGAGAAAACAUUUAACUGUUUGGUUCUCAUCGCCAUCCACCGUGAUGCGUCUGCUGAACAACUCAGAGGUGAGACACCUCACGCUCAUCCACUGUGGACCUACAGGAGAGCCCAGGGGAGCAACCUCCUUUCCUCAAGAGGGUUAUUUUGCAGUGCAGCGCUUGGAGAGGCUGACGGUGGUGAACAUGCCGGAGAGGCCGUUUCAUCUCUGCACUGAUACAAACUGUGCCAAGAGCACUAAUGCUAACCAAGACACAGUUAACAGCUUUCCAUUUGACUCAAACAAACCCAACAGGGACAAAGAUACUAAUAUGGACCUUGUUGCUGAGACAAUGAGAAGCUCUUUGAGAGCUUUCUCACCUCAGAUCCAAGACAUCUUCCUGGGCAGGGAGCUUGGAGCGGCACAUCACGAACAGGCCCGACUGGGAGUUAUUCAUAGUUCUGUGCUGGACUGGGGAGCAGAGAUCAAAACCUACACGGUCCUAACUCACAUAGACAGUGGUGGAACGCUGCCUUUCCCUGACCUUCAUCUGGCAAAAUUACCAGAGGCGUCAGUCAUCUAUGUCAGCUUUGUGUACUGAGAAAAGAUUUAUUUUGAGCAGGAUAAUGUUUCAAGUGAUUACGUAUUCAGGCCUCUAUUUGGAUUUACAGUUUGACUUCAGAAUAUUUUCUAUAUUCCCAUGAAAUUUGAGACAAAAAAGUAACUGGUUUAGAUAGUAUGUUGUCUUUUUAGGCUCCAUUAUUCAUAUUUAGUUCUUUAUAAAAGCUUAUUACACAUAAAGCUGAGAAGAAUUGAGUACACAGUGCACUACACACUUAUCACCUUCAAUGUAGACAUAUGUAAAAGAAAAGUAGGUCAAUAUUAUUUACAUAUAGCCUCUUUACAGACAUGGAUUUACAAAGUGUUCCACAAAGCCUUGUAGGUUACAGAAAAUACAGACAGGAUCAAUGAAAGUUAGCUUUAAAAACAGGAUUAGCACAACUGACGCAAAAAGAGCAAUAAGUCACAAACUGAUGGUGAGGCAUUCUCCUUCAGGAUUGUCUGGUACCAGUCAAAUCUCAUAGUUCAGUCAAUUGAGGGAAAUUGUCCUGGUCUAGUAUAUACUAUGCAGCACUAGAUGCAUCACCACCACCAAGUUUGACCCAUAUCUAACUAAAAGCCAGUUCAAAAUUAAGUUUUUGCCAGCUUUUUAUACACAUCAGCCAGGUCAAGGCAACAAAUGCAAACAGAUGCUCCACAGCCUAGGGGCUGCUGCUCCCUUUAUAUAAACUCUUUUAUUGCAAGAGAAAAAAAAACAAAAAACUUUACGAUAAAGAUUUACGAAAAAACGACAAUCUUAAUUUUAGGUACAUUUAUUCAGUGGGGAAAAACGGCCUCCUAAUAAAUAAUUGCUGUUCUACUUGUUUUGUUUAUUCUUUACUUGUUUAAGUUGAUCUGAUUGGUCAGGAACUUUUAACUAGCAGUCCAACACUUUAUGUUUCUCUGGUAAAGGAAGUUAUAAAAAAUCUUCAAUUCACAGUUAGAGAACUGCAUUAUAGAGUGGCUUCUUGGGGUCGCUAAGUCUCCAUAACAAUCAUUAGAUGGUAUUUGCAUGCCGACAGGUUGUAUGAGAGAAAAGCCAUAACAAAACAUUUUCUGUCUUCCCUUCCCAAUAAAUGCUUGAAGGUAGCUAAAAGCUACAAGGACUUUAACUUGAACCGUGCUCUUUGGUCAGACCAAGAGUGAGCUUUUCAGUGACCAACACUCCAGAUGGGUUUGGUGUAAAACCAAGCAUUAAUAUAUGGAAAAGCACCCAUGCUCAAGUACGGUGGAGGAUCAAUGAUGCUUUGGUCCUGCUUUCUUCAAAGAGACAUGGGAAACUUUUCAGAGUUCAUGGUAUCAUGAACUCAUGAAUCAUUAGUUAAACAUUUUUAAAUAAUCAACGCAGUAAUUGUUUACCAGUAUGGACACCUCACUAAAUAUAGUGAAUAUAUAUAUAUACUUAGAUGUUAACUCAAAUUUAAGUAAGACAGUGACAGAUUCUUUUUGUGUGAGAUUUAGCUAUGCUCACAAUUCAAACAAUGAAAAACACCAAACAAAAUGUUUCCUUUGUUUCCAGAUUGUUUUACUGAUCUGACAGAGCAGUAAAACAAAACAUGUUAGAACAUCCCAUCAAAUUUCUACAUUAGUGUUUGUGUGGUUUCAGCAUGAAGUUCUGUACAAAUGCAGUUUCCUGUUUAUUUGAGCCUCUUGACAAUUCUUGGUGGAGUUACAGUUCUGCACUUGAUUAAUUUGUGGUUUAAAUGUGGCUCUCAUUGCUGAAAACAAAAGGAGAAGUUAAAACCAAGGAGGGCAGUCAGGUGAUUUUGGUGCAAAAUGAACCUCUCCCAUUUCAGCUUUAAUACUUUAAUCUGGACCACUGGUUCCUUCUUUCUCAUCGGAGUUUUCAAGGGUUCACCUGAUGUGAGACAGGUGUACUUCAGAGACUGAACCACAAGGUGGCAGCAGAUAUGUUUGAGGAAAAGUUAAUGACAGUGAUGAUGAACGAUAGAGGUCUGAGAGCUUAAGGGUUUCUUUUUUUUCUUGUAUGCAAUUACAAAAUAAACCUGAAAUUUAGUAUAUGAGUUAUAUACCUGACGACGGUUUGCACAUAUUUGUUUGCUGUGUUCCUAUGGAAAUGUAUUAAUAGUUACCCAUUAGGGCGGAGUCUGGUAGCCUAUUUAUUUGCAUAAGCUGAAAAUAAAUUAUAUACAUAGCA